AUGCCAUACGCAGACGUCGCCACUCGGCAACAUAAGGUUCUGCCGACCGUCGACUUCGGCUUCAGAAAAUUUCCCCCUGGCGUUUCUUUCCUCUACAUCGAGACCGGAAUCAGAUUCAUAAUGAAAGUGUCCAAGACAACUGCUCCGACCAUUCGCCGGCAGAAAAAGAAAUCCAUCGCCUGCCAAAGAUGCCAUUCCCACAAAAUCAAAUGCAGUGGAGGCCAGCCUUGUACUAAAUGCCGACAAGCCGGUUGCCCCACCGAUUGCAGUUAUGUGAAUCGAGAUCGCCAGAUUAAGGUGCAUGAGAGUUAUAUCGAGGAACUUGCAGCAGAGAACCAGCGAUUGCGAGAUCAAUUGUCUCAGUCGCCAGGAUUUUCCAACCCAAGAGAAGUGUCAGUUCCUGACCAAGAUACCGAUGGACCAGCUGCAGAUGGACAUGUCCAAAACCCAAUGCUGGGAGAACGGGCCUGGUUCCAACCCUAUGAUCCAUCAUCACCACCCAUUCAUAUCGGAGAAGCAGCAUGUACCGCAUUCGCCACUCGACUUCGCAAGGUUCUGACCAAGAACGAGACAACAACUCACAUGGCUCGGACACAGUAUACACCCGAGUCAACGCUGAUGAAACUUCGUAACCCGGCAAUUGAAUGGCCGAGUCUUCCUCAGGCUCGGCUUUUGAUUCAGAUCGUAUUCAGCCAGAUUGGUCGGGUAUAUCAUCUGGUCCUGCGCAAGUCGACCAGUGAUCAACUGGAAAAUGCCUACCGCGACGAGAAUUUCGAUGAUCCAGUCUUGACUUGCAAGUUCUUUGGUUUGUUUGCUCUCGGUGAAGUAUAUUCCGCGCGAUCGAACUCGACACUUGAAUGUAAUGUUCCUGGUGCUGCUUAUUAUGUCAACGCCUUGACGAUGAUUCCCAUUUUGCCUGAACGUCCGAGCCUGACGCAUAUCGAGGCUUUGCUGCUGUUGUCGCUAUAUUCAUUCUUCCUUAAUAGACGCCACUCGGCGUUUCUACUUGUUGGCAGUGCCAUGCGUCUGGGUUUGACCUUGGGGUUGAAUCAUGACAUACCACAGUCUAAAUGUCCUGAUCCAGUCGACCGCCAGCAUCGAACAAGAUUAUGGUGGGGAAUCUAUGUUUUCGACCGAAUGUAUGGCUCGAAAGUCGGCUGGCCAAUCCAGAUUGCCGAUGAGGAUAUCCAUGUCGCGAUGCCGUCCAAUGUGCCCAGUGACAUCAAUAACGAGCAGUUCUCAGAUACCGAGUUCUUGACUGCCAGUAUCCAACUUGCUCGAAUCACAGGGCAGGUUAUCGACCGGGUUUAUAGCCGAAAGAAACACCCAGAAUCCUUCUUGCAGCGCGAGCAGAAGCUUCUUCUUUCUUUGAAGCAGUGGGCUUGCGCCCUUCCUCCUAAAAUCAGACUCAAUCGUGAAGGUCCGAACCCGAAGAAUGUAAUAUCAUUACAUCUUCAAUUCAACCAGUGUAUUAUGUUAGCCAGUCGACCGAUUCUUCUGUAUGCUCUUAUUCAGAGUACGAGUUCAGAGGCACCCGAAGAAAAUGCCGCCCACGCGAAUAUCCGUCAAACCAUCAAAACGCUCAGCGAUGCCUGCAUACACGCAGCAAGACAUACUCACUCACUCAUUGUGGAAGAGUGGACAAACGGAUCGCUCACCAUUUUCGGCUAUUUCUAUGCCCACUAUUCGUUUUCUUCGGCGCUUAUCAUGUUCAUCUCCAGCCAAGUAUAUCCCGAAAAUAGCGGUGACUUUGCUUUGUUCGAAGCAGAAUUCGAGAUUCUUCGGGCAAUGAGUAACCAUGGGAAUCUGGCCGCGACCGAGUUUUAUGACAAUCUCGAAUGUGUCCGGCAGUGCUUGGACAAUCAGAGUACACCUGAGUCGCGGCCUUCUCUCCCGUUCGAUCAGUCCUUUGUUUCCGAUCGGCGCGGUGCACAGUCUUCCACGACGCCCACUCUUACAGGUGGAAGAACAAGUGAGUUGAGUCUUAUGGGCCUUGUGCCUGAUGCUGUUGCACCUGGCAACCUUGCGAACGAUAUGUCUUUCCUAGGAGAGAGUAUGGAGGAGUUCCUCGCACAGCCCGAGGUUGAUUUUGACUUGAUGGAUCCCUCUAUGACUGAUGCGAUGUCCUCAUGGCCGAACCUCUCCUUAUGGACUGCAUAA